CAUUUCACAGCAACAGAGUUUAGACUGUCUUUGCUUCAUCAUCUGAAGGUAAAAAAAAGAAAAAGAAAAAGAAAAAAAGAAGAAGAAGAGAGAGGAGAGAGAGAGAGAAAAAAACCCAACAAAUUCCAGAUACGGCAGGCGGCUUUUCCCGAGGACCAUAAACUGGGGAUGAGAAGAACUAUUGGCCUGGAAAUUUCUUCCUCGUGAUGCGGUGGAGAAGCGUCGGCCUCUGGAUCCUACCAGAUGUUCUUGGGGUCACCGUCCAGGAGUAGGACCAGCCGAGCUAAACAAGAAUUUACAAAGGAAGAAGGAAAGAAAAUUCUGCCAAAAUAUGAACAUCUGAGCAACAUAUUUUUGAGCAUCACCUAUCACUCUGAGCAUCAAAACGAAAUAUUCUCUCCAGGAAUGCGAUGGUAUUGAAGUCACUUUAUUAAAUAGAGUCUUGUCUACAAAAGCAUCCAGACACUUGGACGCUGGAAGCCGGAGAUGACCCUGACCAGGCUUGUCUUGUGGCCCACCGUUUACAAGUGGGAUAUAUUGAUCCAUGAGUGACUGCCUGCCAAUAAAUCCUCUCCUCAUCAACUCUGUUCUGUGCAUUGGACUUGAUUAAGCAGUUUACCACUUAACUUUGGACUUACAUGUGGGAGCUUUCACUGUAGUGGUUUUGGAGUCACUAGAACUUGGAUUGAUUUCACCCUUUACCAGAAACUAUACCGGAGCCCAUAGUACAUUUUCAACAUGGCUUUGAACGUUGCUCCAGUCAGAGAUACAAAGUGGCUGACAUUGGAAGUCUGCAGACAGUUUCAGAGGGGAACGUGCUCCCGCUCCGAUGAAGAAUGCAAAUUUGCCCACCCCCCCAAAAGUUGCCAGGUCGAAAACGGGAGAGUAAUUGCCUGCUUUGAUUCCUUAAAGGGCCGUUGUUCAAGAGAGAACUGCAAGUAUCUUCACCCGCCGACACACUUAAAAACUCAACUAGAAAUUAAUGGGAGGAACAACUUGAUCCAGCAAAAAACUGCAGCUGCGAUGCUCGCCCAGCAGAUGCAAUUUAUGUUUCCAGGAACUCCGCUUCAUCCUGUGCCCACUUUUCCUGUAGGUCCCGCCAUAGGGACAAAUACGGCUAUUAGCUUUGCUCCUUACUUAGCACCUGUCACCCCUGGAGUUGGGUUGGUCCCAACAGAAAUUCUGCCCACCACACCUGUCAUCGUUCCCGGAAGUCCACCCGUCACUGUCCCGGGCUCAACUGCAACUCAGAAACUUCUCAGGACUGACAAACUGGAGGUAUGCAGGGAGUUCCAGCGAGGCAACUGUGCCCGGGGAGAGACGGACUGCCGCUUUGCACACCCCGCCGACAGCACCAUGAUUGACACGAACGACAACACCGUAACCGUUUGUAUGGAUUACAUAAAGGGGCGUUGCAUGAGGGAGAAAUGCAAAUAUUUUCACCCUCCUGCACACUUGCAGGCCAAAAUCAAAGCUGCGCAGCACCAAGCCAACCAAGCCGCGGUGGCCGCCCAGGCAGCCGCGGCCGCGGCCACCGUCAUGACUCAGUCGACUGCCAAAGCAAUGAAGCGACCUCUCGAAGCAACUGUAGACCUGGCCUUUCCUCCUGGUGCUCUUCAUCCUUUACCAAAGAGACAAGCACUUGAAAAAAGCAACGGUGCCAGCACGGUAUUUAAUCCCAGUGUCUUACACUACCAGCAGGCUCUGACAAGCGCCCAGCUGCAGCAGCACGCCGCGUUCAUCCCCACAGGGUCAGUUUUGUGCAUGACACCCGCUACCAGUAUUGUACCCAUGAUGCACAGCGCUACGUCCGCCACUGUCUCUGCAGCAACAACUCCUGCAACAAGUGUCCCCUUCGCAGCAACAGCCACAGCCAAUCAGAUAAUUCUGAAAUAAUCAGCAGAAACGGAAUGGAAUGCCAAGAAUCCGCAUUGAGAAUAACUAAACAUUGUUACUGUACAUACUAUCCUGUUUCCUCCUCCAUAGAAUUGCCACAAACUGCAUGCUAAAUAAAGAUUUAGUUCUUCUGGACAGAUCAGAACUCUAAGAAGUAGUGCUGCUAUAUCCAUAUAUGAGUAUUAAAUAUGGUAUGCUUAGUAUAUUCCAACCUAAGAUAGUUAACUACCUGAGACCAGCUGUGAUGUUUAAGGACAUAAAAGGAUACAGUUUACUUUUAAAAGAGUUUCUAAACAUAGUUUCUGUCCUAGGAAUAUUGUCUUAUCUCCAUAACUAUAGCAAAAAGCCCAGCCAAUAGGACUCAUUUCGAUUCAGAAUAUUUCAAAUUUAGCAAUAAAUGAUUAGCAUUAGUUUAAAAAAAGAAACACCUAUUCCAAGGGCAGGUUCAAUUCUAACUCGAAUCACUAUCAUAUCGUUUACUCACGGAAUCAAAGGGGAAUCUUUCACUUCUUGAUGGAAUGCACGCUGCAGCAAAGAUAAGAAGUGAAGUAAAACAGAUACCUGCUCCUGCAGGUCUAAAAUCGAAUGCAAGUUCAAGCACAAGUACUGGGACACAUCCAAGUGUGGGAUUUGGUUAGCCUGGAGAUGCCGCAUUGAAUCCUAUGAUUCUAGAAUAACAUUAAAUAGAUUGAAAAUGAAACUUUGCACGGUAUGAGCUUCAUACCCCACCCAACAAAGUCUUGAAGGUAUUAUUUUACAAGUAUAUUUUUAAAGUUGUUUUAUAAGAGAGACUUUGUAGAAGUGCCUAGAUUUUGCCAGACUUCAUCCAGCUUGACAAGAAUGAGAGGCCCAAGCCAACAGUUUAAUCUCAAGGAUUAGCCUUUCAAACUCACCAUCCAGUUGCCUGUUACAGAAUAACUCUUCUAAUAGAAACCUAGUCAAACAAGGAAGCUGUAGGUGAGGAGAUCUGUAUAAUAUUCUAAUUUAAGUAAGUUUGAGUUUAGUCACUGCAAAUCCAACUGUGACUUUAAUCUAAAUUACUAUGUAAACAAAAAAAGUAGAUAGUUUUCACUUUUUAAAAAAAUCCAUUACUGUUUUUGCAUUUCAAAAGUUGGAUAAAGGGUUGUAACUAACUACCGCAUGGAGAAAAAAAACUAGUUCUUUUAAUUCUUUCACUUAAAGCAUAUUUUAUGUCUCAAAAGUAUAAAAAACUUUAAUACAAGUACAUACAUAUUAUAUAUACACAUACAUAUAUACUAUAUAUGGAUAAAACAUAUUUUAAUGUUGUUUACUUUUUUAAAUACUUGGUUGAUCUUCAAGGUAAUAGCGAUACAAUUAAAUUUUGUUCAGAAAGUUUGUUUUAAAGUUUAUUUUAAGCACUAUCGUACCAAAUAUUUCAUAUUUCACAUUUUAUAUGUUGCACAUAGCCUAUACAGUACCUACAUAGUUUUUAAAUUAUUGUUUAAGAAACACAACAGCUGUUAUAAAUGGAUAUUACUUGUAAUUGUUUAAAACAUCCAUUUUCUUUGUGAACAUUUUAGUGAUUGAAGUAUUUUGACUUUUGAGAUUGAAUGUAAAAUAUUUUAAAUUUUGGCAUCAUCGCCUACUCUGAAAACUAGAUGCAUCAACCAUGUCUUUUUUUUUUUUUUUUUGGUUUGAGAAAAAAAAGAAAUCUGCAUUUUAAUUCAUGUUGGUCAAAGUCCAAUUACUAUCUAUUUGUCUUAUAUAGUAGAUCUGAUAAUCCUAUCAAAAGAAAAUCACAUUCUAAUUGUAAUCUUACCUAGUGCUUGUAUUGUUGAGUUUGUUUUUAAUUUGUGGAAAGGUAUUGUAUCUAACUUGUAUUCCUUUGAUAGUCUCAUCUUUAUGUAUUAUUGAUAUUUGUAAUUUUCUCAGCUAUAACAAUGUAGUUACGCUACAACUUGCCUAAACAUUCAAACUUGUUUCCUUUUUUCUUUUACUUUUUCUUUGUUUAUACAUUUAACCUCACCUAAAACAUAGUAUACAUUACUAAGAAGUAAAUUACAGGAAUCAUUGAAAUAUUUUUGUAGACUAAUUGUUGUAACAUUGUCUCUUUUUUUCCUUUCAUUUCAUUACUUUAAUUUUUUUAAUUACUAGCACACAACUAUUUUCAGCCCUUUAAUAAGGGAGCAUCAAAAACAUCACUUGUAUCCCCAAGCGAAUAUAGAUGACUGUAUUUUUUACUACGAUAUCCAUUUUCCAGAAUUGUGAUUAUAAUAUGCAAAGAGUCAUAAAUAUGCCAUUUACAGUAAGAAGGAGGCAAGGCAAAUGCAUAGAUGUACAAAUAUAUGUACAACAGAUUUUGCUUUUUAUUUAUUUAUAAUGUAAUUUUAUAGAAUAAUUCUGGGAUUUGAGAGGAUCUAAAACUAUUUUUCUGUAUAAAUAUUAUUUGCCAAAAGUUUGUUUAUAUUCAGAAGUCUGACUAUGAUGAAUAAAUCUUAAAUGCUUUGUUUAAUUACAAAAACAAAAAAUCACCAAUAUCCAAGACAUGAAUAUAUCAAUUCAACAAAUACUGUAGAGACUAACGUCCACUUGUAUGGGAGUCACAUUUCACUCUUGGUUUUCAGGAAAUAACAGCACUUCAUGGAAAUAUUCUUUCAGCCAUAUGCCACUGGUAACAUUUCUACUAAAUCUUUCUGUAACACUUCAAAAUUUUCUCCUUAGUUCUAUCUUACAGUGUAAGCAGGAGUCUAAUUUGUAUCAAUUCUAUGUUUUGGUUGUAAUAUUCAGUUCACUCACCCAAUGUACAACCAAUGAAAUAAAAGAAGCAUUUAAAAGGA